GCCGAGGGGAGGUGCGGCGUAGCCCCGCCGCUCCAACUUGCAGGCCCGGCGCGUAAUGCGGCGCGCAUCGGCUCCGGCUGGCGGCUUCCCGGCAGGGCGCAGGCGGCGGCGGAUCGGGGCCGGGCACGGCUUGGACGGCUGAGCGGAGGGGAAGGAGCCGCGGGCGGAGAAAGUUUUCAGGGCCCUGCAGAGUACCUGGGCAGAGACUUUGGGAUUCUCAACCCCUACACUGGAAUGCGGGAGACCCCUAUUACGGGUGUUCCAACUGGACAUGUCAUAAAGACUUCCGCCGUCUCAUCAGUGACGGAAAUGUCUCCUUAACUUGCUGGAUUACCUGAUUCGGGGGGUCCUUCUCCCCCAUCCCUGCAAAAGGGCCGAUACCCCAAAUCCUUCUGGUCUCCACUGCCAGCUGUCAUGAACGGGCUCACAGUCAGUGAACUCUGCUGCCUUUUCUGCUGCCCGCCUUGUCCUGGCCGGAUCGCGGCCAAGCUGGCCUUCCUGCCCCCAGAGCCCACCUACACGAUAGUGCCAGAACCGGAUGCCAUGGCAGGCUCUGGGAACAUCUCUCCUCGGGGCAGUGCCAUGGCCCGCUGGAAGCUCCACCUGACGGAUCGGGCUGAUUUCCAGUACUCCCAGCGGGAACUGGACACCAUCGAGGUGUUCCUCACCAAAAGCAGCCGAGGGAACCGGAUUGGGUGCAUGUACGUCCGCUGUGCUCCCGGGGCGAGGUUCACAGUUUUAUUCUCACACGGCAAUGCCGUGGACUUGGGCCAGAUGUGCAGCUUCUACAUCAGCCUGGGCACCCGAAUCAGCUGCAACAUCUUCUCUUACGACUACUCGGGCUACGGGGUCAGCACAGGCAAGCCCUCUGAGAAGAACUUGUACGCGGACGUGGACGCGGCCUGGCAGGCACUGCGUACCCGAUAUGGGAUCAGUCCUGAGAAUAUAAUCCUAUACGGCCAAAGCAUUGGCACCGUGCCCACAGUGGACUUGGCCUCCCGCUACGAAUGCGCAGCUGUGAUCUUGCACUCGCCCCUGACUUCAGGCAUGCGUGUCGCCUUCCCGGAGACAAAGAAAACCUACUGCUUUGAUGCCUUCCCAAACAUAGAGAAGGUGUCGCGCAUCACCUCCCCCGUCCUCUUCAUCCACGGCACCGAUGACGAGGUGAUCGACUUCUCGCACGGCCUGGCCCUUUACGAGCGCUGCCCGAAGGCCGUGGAGCCCCUCUGGGUGGAGGGGGCGGGCCACAACGACAUCGAACUCUACAGCCAGUACUUGGAGCGCCUGCGCAAGUUUAUCGCACAAGAUCUGGCCACGCCACACAACUGAGAGCCCUCCUCGCCUUGCCCUCGGUGAUGCUCGUGCGCCCCUCGGUGGGAGGCACAGGUGGCCGGGGUGCUUCAGAGGGGGAGAGGCACCGUGGCUGCAGGCACCUUAACCCCGUCCGUCCCAAGUAAGAACCGCCCUGGGCCUUCCUUUGUGUGCCCCCUCUCGGGAGGGCACUCGGCCAUCCUCGUUCCCAGUGGCUGCCCGCUGGGGCCAUGACUGAGCCGACCGUGCGUGCACCAAAGACAGAGCCCUGCCGUCUUCUGCACAAGCAUCUGGGCGACUGUGCAUCGCAGAUGCUUUUUUAAAGGCAAAGCCCUGCCCUGGGACUGCUCCGUUUUUCAGCCUCCAUUCCGCAUCCCAUUUCUGGAUCCUGUUUUCAUGACUCGCCAUGCGUCCUGCGAUAGCAAUAAGCCACGGCGGUGUGGGCGUGAUUCCCAUGGAAGCCCUUCCGUGGCAAGACGAGGCACCUUGCGUGAUGGCCGGAAGGUCCAGCUGCGGAUCGCUGCCCGGCCCACGCCCCACGCAUGGGAGAGAGGCUGUAGUGCAGCCCCGGUUGACUUUUGAGGGGCCAGACUCUGCCAGGCCGGUUUGAGCAGGGAGCUGGCAGGGAGCGAGGGAAGCAUCCUCUGCCCGUCCAUUUUUGAAUGAAAGAAGAAUAAAAGAGUAAAAGACUCA